UUUUUAUAGAAAGGAUUUACUCGUGCAUCUCUCUCUAGUCUCUGCUCUUCUCUGCUCUUUCCCUCUUUGAGAAAGCACAUUUUGCAACUUUAGAAAGGGACAAUAAUCAAAUCCAAGUGAACCACGCCACAACCGGUACAAAGGACAAUAAGUUACUUCCGUUUCAGCAUUGAAGCCUUCAGCAGUCGUCACCGGUAACUGUUACAAUGUCACUAAGGCAAUUCUUAGGCUAUUCUGAGGGCGAUGUCAUGAGGUCUGAUUGCAAACCGUGUUCUAGACUAAUGAGACACACAGCUGGAAUAUUUAGUGUUGGUGGAGCAUUCGGAUUUUGGGUCCUUUGCCGAAUGCACUAUGGUCCUCGAAUUCAAAUUCCUAGGAGUCUUCGAUGGGCAGCAUGUGGAGCUGUAACUGUAAGUUCAAGCACAGCUUUGCUUGUUCGUUUGUUUAGUCCUGAAUGUGAGCCCCAGAAUAUAGCUGCUUAUGACAAUAAAAAGUAACACUGUUUGUAACCCCCCCCCCCCCCCCCCC